GCGGCGCCACCUGUUAGGGUCGUCAGGAGACUUGUACGCGGGAACACCCUGUUUGUAAAACGUGUUUGUACAAUCAAGUUUAUAGUGUAAUGAAUAAAGACGGCGCCAGGAACUGAGACGUAGUACGUCUUCCCCUCUGCCCAUACACGAUAAUCGCUUACAAGGUCGUAGCCGUUCAAUUCGUACUCUCGACAAUCGAACACGCACGCACUCGGUGACACACUGACACUGUUAGUGUAGUCGUAGACGGGGCGAGCGUCGUUUUUAAGCCUGCGGCACUAGUCCGCAUAGCGGUUUUUAUCAGCAGAUAUUUGUUUUUAGUUUUUUUAUUUUUCACCGUCUCUCGACAUUUUCAUACUCCACGCAGUGAACAAUAAUAACAACGACAAUAACCGGUGCCUCUACGCGCAAUAAUAAUUUUGCCAGAAAACCAUCGGACAGUCGGUCGUUUUGCACAACCCACCGCCGCCGCUGCCGCGGGUGUCAUCCAAGAAUUUGGCCACCAGAGUGAUUGGACACUAUUGUCAACACCAUUAGAAGUUAUACGGUCCACAUACCACGACCAGACAGUAGUUAACACGCGAUCCGGUUUAAACACGUAUCGUCCGUCUUUCAUCAUCUUCGUAUUUAUGUCUCAAGAAUAUUCACGAUGAAUCCCAACAACAAGAAGCUCUACAAAAUCGUACUGACCGGAGGUCCUUGUGGUGGUAAGACAACGGGACAAUCAAAACUAUGUACAUUCUUCGAGAAUUUAGGAUGGAAGGUUUAUAGAGUUCCAGAGACUGCUAAUGUUCUAUUAAGUGGAGGUAUCAAAUUUUCCGACUUAAGUGAAGAUCAAGUCGAUACAUUUCAAGAAAAUCUUCUCAAAAGUAUGUUAAGUAUAGAAAAUACGUAUUUUGAGCUGGGAAAAUCAUGUGACCAAAACUGUCUAAUCAUUUGUGACAGAGGUGCUAUGGAUGCUGCUGCGUAUAUACCUAGUCAUAAAUGGGAUCGGAUAAUGAAAAAUAACGGUUUGAACGUAGUUGACUUGAGAGACAAUCGUUAUGAUCAAAUAAUUCACAUGGUGUCCGCUGCAUGUGGAGCUGAAGACUUUUAUACAACCGAGGACCAUGCGAGCAGAAGUGAAGAUGUGGCUUUAGCUAAAAAUCUAGACGUCAAAGCGUCAACAUCGUGGAUUGGACACCCAUAUUUUGAUGUCAUUGAUAAUUCAUCAGAUUUUGAAAAUAAAAUACGCAGAAUGAUAGCUGCUGUUUGUCAGAAAUUGGGCAUAAACACUGAUGAUAGUUUGGCAAAAAAUGCGAAAAAACGUAAAUGGUUAGUGAAGUAUUUGCCUGAUGAUCAGCUGUUCCCUCCAUUUCAAGAUUUUGAGGUCACACACUACUACUUGCAGACAUAUACAAAAAACAUGCAAUCUCGCUUACGAAAACGAGGACAAAAAGGCCAUUGGAAUUAUACACAUACGAUUCGUAAGCCUAAGGUCCAAGAUCAAGUGGUAGAAAUUAAAGUACAGCUCAGUCAUAGGAGCUAUUCAAGUUUGUUGCUAUUGACAGAUGAAAAGCACUAUCCAAUUUAUAAAACAAGACGAUGCUUUAUAUACAACAAUCAGUAUUUUCAGAUGGACAUCUAUCGUAAACCAUGUCAUAAAAGGUGUAAAGGACUAAUAUUACUUGAGACGCAUUCCGUUCUAGAGGAUCAAGAGCUUCUUGACCGCUUACCAAAAUUCCUAGACAUUGAAGCCGAAGUUACUGGUAACGCAGCUUAUUCCAUGUUCAAUUUGUCACUAGUUGAAGAUUGGGAAAAAUCAAAAAUAUUUUGUCACUAGGUACCUAUAAGUAUUUACUUUCCUAGUGGUUAUU